AUGAUUCCUGCCAGACAAACCGCUCGCUCAGCAGUGUCCAGGGCCGGGCGCUUUGCCCCGGGUCCUCGCCGGGGCCAGAUCCGCUUCCAGUCUUCCUCCACAUCGUCCACACCCUCAUCGGGCGGCACUCCAUGGGCAGCCGGUGUUCUUGGUGGCGUCGUCGGUGCCAGCCUUUUCUACGGGGUUUAUUCGUUCACACCGUCUGGUCGGACUGCGUCUAGUUUGAACAAGGCCGUCGUAGAAGCGGAGAAGAAAUACCAGGUCGCUGCGAAGAAGCUCCAGCAAAAGACUCCGUCUGCAGACGAGGCGAUCGACUCGAUCAAGCAGGUGGCAUAUUCCUACGUUGGCUGGGUCCCCGGAGGGCGAUCCUACGUCGACGCCGCGUUCAAGGACUGGGACAAAGUGCGGGAGAACCACAAGGAUGAGGCCGAUAAAAUCAUCACCGAUGCAUACAAGCAAUUCCAGGACGUAUCCAAGUCUGGACUGAGCCUAGUCACUGCCACACGCGCCUAUGAGAUUCUUGCCGACCUGACCAAGAAAAUUACCAAUCUCACAGGCGAUGCAAUCUCGGACAUCCUCGACAAUCAUCCUGAGGUCAAAAAGAAGUUUGGGGGGAAUGUUGAUCAGCUGAAGCAGCUGAGCGAGAAAUACGGGCCGGAGGCCAAAAAGCAGGUCGACGAGACUUGGAAGCAGGUCAAGGAUAUCUUCGCCAAUGGAUUCAGUGAGGAUAACAUCACCAAAGCACGUAAGCUGAUCGAAGAAAAGCUGCAAGAUGUCCGCAAGCUUGGUGACCAGGCAUGGAACAAAGCACUUGAAGAGGCUAAGCCAUAUCUUGAUAAGAACACCAAGGUGAAGGAAUUGGUGGAGAAGAACGCCGACGCUCUGAAGCAAGGCGACGUCAAGAAGCUUUUCGAAAAGGCCAAGUCUGCGGUGGAUUCGGGAAACUUAUCUGAUCUCGAGGGUUACGUGAAAGACCCGUCUAAACAGGCUCGAUCAUCUGCCGAGUCGCUGACAAGUGGAUGGGGCUCACUGGAUCAAUACUCGAAGCUACUGCCCCAUGGCGACGAGGUGAUCUCCAAAUUGAAAGACCUCAGCCAGGUUGCUGAGAAGCACCGAGAGGAAGGCGAGAAGCUUUUACAAGAGACUGUGGAGGAACUGAAACAAGUUCUUGAGAAGAAAUCUAAAAAGGCCCAGGAAAUUGCCGACCAGGCUAAGAAGGAAGUUAAAUAG